UUCAAAUCUCAACCUCUUUUCACGAUGCCUUCCUCCUCCAUCUCCCUUAUCCACCACGCAACUGCCAUCUCCGCCUUGCUCCUCCUCCUAUCCACCAUCUCCUCCGCCAGCCUCCAACGACGUCCAUUCAACAGAAUCUACGCCUUCGGCGACUCUUUCACCGACACAGGAAACUCACGCUCCGGCGAAGGCCCCGCCGGAUUCGGACACUUGUCAAGCUCUCCUUACGGCAUGACUUACUUCAAACGUCCGACGAACCGUUACUCCGACGGGCGGCUCACCAUCGAUUUCGUGGCGCAGUCCAUGAACUUACCGUUUCUUCCACCGUAUCGCAGCCUGAGGAACACUAACGGUGGUAACGGCACGGCUACGGAUACUCACGGCGUUAACUUCGCCGUCUCUGGAGCGACGGUGAUUAAACACGCUUUCUUUGUGGAGAAUAAUGUGACGCUUGAUAUGACUCCUCAGUCUAUAGAGACGGAGCUUGGCUGGUUCGAAGAGUAUUUGGAGACACUUGGAACGAAGCAGAAGGUUUCGUCGUUUAAGGAUUCUCUGUUUUGGAUUGGAGAAAUUGGAGUUAACGACUAUGCUUACACCGUAUGGUCUACUGUAUCAAGCGACACCAUUAGAGAACUUAGUAUUUCAACCUACACAAGGUUUUUGGAGACAUUAUUGAAGAAAGGUGCGAGACAUAUGGUUGUACAAGGACAUCCGGCUACUGGAUGCUUGACGUUAACCAUGUCUCUUGCUGCAGAAGACGAUCGAGACAGUCUAGGAUGUGUACAGAGUAUCAAUAACCAGAGUUACACUCACAAUCUUGCACUGCAAUACAAACUUAAACAACUUAGGAUCAAGUAUCCGAACGCCACAAUAGUCUACGCAGACUAUUGGAACGCGUACCGUACGGUUAUAAAGAACCCUAGCAAGUACGGCAUCUCCGAGAAGUUCAAGGCGUGCUGUGGAGUCGGCGAGCCGUACAACUUCCAAGUGUUCGAAACGUGUGGGUCGGCUUCAGCCACGGCGUGUAAGGACCCGAGUCGGUACAUUAACUGGGACGGAGUCCACUUAACUGAGGGCAUGUAUAAGGUUAUGGCGGAUAUGUUUCUCCGCGGCAGUUUCACUCGACCUAGGUUUGGUUACUUGCUGAACAAGAAACUGAACGGUUUAUGAUAAAAGGUUUUAUCGACUUCCAUAUAUGAUUGUAUGGUUUGGAGUUUUGACAUUGUAAAACCAAUGAUGUUGGACAAAGGCAUUAUAGUUUAUAUAUAAUCAAUCAAAUUUGAUGAGACAUGAAACAAAAUUAGCUUUCAUUUAUUCCGAUUUUAUGUAUAGAAAAACCAAAUUACAAGCUAUGAUCAUAA